AUGGAGGAGGCGAUCCGUGAGCUCGGUGCGGCUAACAACUCGGAGGCCUUCUACGUGGCGGAGCGGCGGGUUGGGGGCCUGCGCGUGCGCCGCAAUGGCGCACGCGGCCGCUUCGACCUGAAGCCAUUCGACCGGCGCGACGCGGGGGUUCUUGUGCAGUCGCUCGGCCUCGACUCUCUGUUCGAGCCCUUCCUUCUUCCGCCGCCGCUCCGCACGCUCCUCGCUUCCGUUGUGCAGGCGCCAACGGGCUGGCGCGUAAAAAAUGCUGGAGCGCUGACCACCUUUCCGCACGCACACACGGGGCAGUGGCACCGCGAUAUCGGAGACGGCCUCUUCGGGAACGAGAGCCUAGACCUGAGCCUGCCGGACUACUACUUUGCCGCUCUGUGCCCGCUGGACGAGACGACGGUCGAGCAGGGCUCCGAGCUGCUCCUUGGCUCGCACACCGUCCUCGCGGGCGGACUGGGCGAGGCGAUCUCAGCAGGGCGCGUGCGCCGCGUGAUAGCUGCUGCAAAGCCAGGCGACGUCCUCUUCUUCAGCGGCAAGGUCGUGCACCGCGGCAUGCCCAAUCCGACCGAGUCCACGCGCUCGCUGGUGUACACGGUCUAUACUGCAAAGUGGUUCGAGCAGGGCCGUGACGCGUCGCGCGAAAUGUACACCGGCUGA